AUGAACGCCCCCAACGAGAAACCGUUCAAGCAGCUAUGGCGCGAGCUAUCCAAGGCAGGAUGGAAAUCGAGGAAGCCAAAGGGGCUGAGCGUGGACUACACGUACGUGAUGCCUGGUGUGACUGGCCGAUUGAAUAUUGAGAAACGUGGAGUCGAAUACUUCGUCGGUGAACAAGAACUCAUGAAAUUUGGACGUCGUCGGGGGCUGCUCGAGCUCCAACCUUUGCCAUCUCUCUCAACAAGGGCCCCUAUGGGAAAGGAUGCGGCGUAUGCGUUGGCCUGCCGUCGUGUGCCGGUUGAACGAGUGCUGCCAGCGGAAGAACAAGCGACGCCAACUUUGGAGGCGACGCCUACUCCUCCAACCCCUCCUCUGAGUUCCCCUACGCAUGGCCUGGAAAACCACUGGUCAACUCGAGAAGAUGGCGCAGUCCCUCGUGGAACGUUCUCCAGGUAUAUGAAGAGAGACAGAUUCAAGAUGAUCACUCGUUACCUGCAUUUCGCUAGUAACAACGCUGAGGCUGCGUCGAAGGACAAGGCAUGGAAAGUCAGACCGGUACUACAAGUACUCGAGAAAACAUUUUGUCGUGGCUACCGGUUGGGGCCGCAAAUCAGUUUUGACGAAGGUACCAUUCCAAACAGGAGCAAGUUCAACCCGGUGCGCGUCUACAAUAAGGACAAACCUCACAAGUACGGGACUAAGGUUUACAUGACGUGUUGCGCGGAGACUGGCUACUGUUCUCGAAUUGAAGUUUAUCUUGGUGCGGCUAACAAUCCAUCGGCAGCAAAGGGAACCGCGCAGAAGGCUGUAAUACGGAACGUGACCAAAGCCCUAGAUGGGCAACCCGCUAAGCGACUUGUUGUCGCUGACAACUUCUACAGCUCGUGUGCACUAGUAUUGGAUUUACUUCGGAGAGGUCUCUACUACGUGGGCACGCACCGCAACGAUAGAUUGGGAUGGCCAGUCAACUUUGCGUUCACACAGAAAACUCGGCCCAAGCGCAUGCCCCGAGGGAUGUAUCGCGUCGCCCAAGCCAUAGACUUCCCCGAGCUCAUUGCCGUGUCCUGGAUGGACUCAAAGCCUGUGUCUAUGAUUGCGACGGGAUGCGCAACGACGAUGACAAGUGUGAAACGCCGAGCGAAGGGUGAGAGUGUUCGGGCAGACGUACCAUGUCCCCAGGUGGUUGCCGAUUAUCAUACCGGUAUGGGUGGUGUCGACCAGCACGACCAGCUCAGACUGCAGCGGUAUUCGAUACAGCAAUGCGUGGCUUUCAAAAAAUACUACCGCCAGCUAUUCUUGGGGUUUGUUGACAUGGCGAUUGUCAAUGGGUUCAUCCUGCACAAACUCAUCUUGAAGGAAAAGGGUGAACGCGUACCGACGCAUGCAGAAUACAUGCGAAGACUGCACACGGAGCUUUUAACAACAACAGAAACCACAUUGCGUGCAAACACCAACGCAGAGGACUUGAUUACGGAGCCGAUUCGGACGCAGCCACACGCUCGGAGAUACGCUGCCAAAUAUUGGUUAGGCCCUGGACGUCCACCUGCGGAGAUACCUGUAACCAGCCAGCGGUUAGUGAUGUGA